GAUGUGAACAACCCGCUUCUGUGGGUGCAAGUGGCGCAACUACUCAUCCUCUGGUUCGUUGGCAUGACGUUCAUCCUGAAGGCUCUGGGUACGAAACACGAAGACGUCCUUUCGUCGCAGACUUCCGCCAUGCUUGAGCGCAGACGUGUCCUGUGGAAGCUGAGCUACAUCACACUGGCCCUGCUGCUGGUCGUGCCCGGCUGCUGGGCGCUCGGCGCCACCGGCUUCUUCUUCUCGGAGCCGCGGCUGAUCAUCUCGCUCGCCACGCUCGACGUCCUGCUGGCCGUGCUGGUGCUGGCGCGCGUGCUGGCCGAGCCGGUGCUGCGCGAGCGGCUGGCGCAGCUGUGCUCCGACACGUACGUGAAGUCUGCACGACAGCGGCACCACCGCGUGGGCGUGGCCCCCAGCAAGCCGCUCAGCCUGGCGCACUCAAACCAGCGCGAGAUGGACGCCUUGGACGACCGCGGCCUGCUGGUCAAGCGGACAUUCCACUUCAACCGUGACGAAGCGAGCUGGACGCCCGGGGGCAAGCUGGAGGCGCACCUUGGUGUGCCAGUGGAGACCUGAUCGGGACAUUUCGAGUGGAGGCGGCGGGCCGUCGGGGUAGGGCGUGCUGGUUUGGGGUGACGGGAUCAGGAGCCUGGGGCCCAGGAGGGUGCGAGGAGCCAGACGGGAGGACAUCGAUCGGGGGAUUAUGGAUGAGGAGCUCGGCGUCCAGUCAUCUUGCAGGGGUUGUGGAAUAGGGGUGGAGGACCAUGAUGUCGUUUAACAAGACGGCGCUUAUCAGCGUCCCAACGGUUUGGAGCGUCCAUUCUAAAGUUGAUCCUUUUCAUGCUUCAACGCAUAGACAGUUUUAAACCAAAAAAGUAAGCGACCGUUGCCCCUUGGCCCUUCUAAUUCCUACGCUUAUGUAGCAAGAAUUAACUAAAUUUCAAACCACGUGCAACAACAGUGAGAGACAUGACAUUACAUGCAGCAAUUAACAUUCGCCCCUCUGAAAACGCGAAUAGCGAAAGAGACAGUUCCUUAUGCAAUACGAAUGGAUCCAGCACCUGAAUUCUGGUUUACCGUGGCAGCCUUUGCGCAUGUACAGGAUUGUGAGAUUGAUGCCGUCACCGGAGGAUCAUUGUUGUCUUAGCGAGUUCUUUGAUUUUACUUCAUUUUAUUGGCUGAUGGCCAAAGCUCUGAAAAAGCUUUCAGUGAUGUACGAUACAUGCCCUUAAACUAUAUCGAAAUAUUUUGAUAGGUACGUAAGGCGUUUACCUGUACCUUUGAAGUAAAAGGUACGGGUUGGUUAUGUUAGAUGUGUCGAUGCAGCAUUCAUUUGUUGAUUACGUUGCUGGAAGAGUUGCGCCAAUGAUGCCAGUAGCAUUAUAUAUGGCGGUCUGCUCGGACUUUCAUCCUCCCGUGCACUGAAUGUCGGCAACAAUGCCCGUGCUGAGGGCAAGAUAGGGAACCCCACGCCUUGUUGCCCAGUGCCAGACAAAUGUUUGUGAUUUUGUGCCUUUAUGUGAGCGUGCCUUCCUGCUUGGUGUGGUAACGCCGAAGUUCUCGGUGUCGGGUCAGUAACCCCGACUGAGUUCAGUCAGUUGUCGGGCGGGGCUUGCGCAGUCUCGCGACGCCUGCAGCAGGGGUCGUGGAAGGAGGACCGAGUAGCGGAAGGCCACAGCUGCGGUGCAGGUCGUGUCAUCCCAUCACGGCUGCCGCAGAGUCGCGGUUUUCUCCGAAGAGCGGUGUCGCCUGACGUCCGCCUACCGCGGCUUCUGUGCAGGGACAGUCCAGCCUAGGCCCGGGCUUUUCUCUUCGGUCAGAUCCUCGAAGCACCCAGUCCUCGACAUAGCCUGUCACUGUUGGCCGUGUCAGAUUCUCUGAACGCGGUGUAGGAACUGUGGCCUGACCACAGCCUUCCACAGCCAGCUCGUGCCUUCGUGUGCACGCGUGCGCAUCAGACUUGUGAUCCGUGUCAGGGUGAUUCCACGUUAGCGCUCCCCUGUACUGAGCCCUGCACUGAAAGAGUGGAGAGAGUACAAAGGGUCGAUUGAAGACGUGUUACAUUAUUUCACAUUGGUUCGAGCCACGCUUGCUACAAAAUGUAGUAAUACUGAAUGUUGCAGACAGCUGGCGCUGUCUUAUUCGCCCAUCCCUUUGAUUUCCGAUCAUUCUGAGUUGCGCCACAUGAUGCGUCCGUGUUCUUGCCGUGAGACUACCCUGGAGCUUACAACUCAGUUGAAUACAUGCUUAACUCAUCCCGUCUUUAUGCUUGAUUCAAGCCUCAUCAAAUCCCGUACGUGACGUAACAAUCAUUAAGCACGGUAUGUGCAUUGCAACAUUUUGAAUGAUCGUGAUCAAUGGGAUGCCAUCUCUUUUUUUCGGAACUUUGCUGCUCAAAGAGCGCUUUUUCUGUGCACAGUGACUACGGAUUCAACAUAUUUAUGGUGACAUGUUGCAACAUAUAAGACAGCACUGAAGUUGAAUCCGUAAACAGCAUUAUCUCAGCAGAAUUGAAAUGGCAUGACGAUGCAGCUUCUCAACUCCUGCAUGAACUCAUCUCCGAGAAAUGGAACCCGUCGGUCCAGGUCCGGCAGCGUCCCGUGGGGUCCAAAUCCGAUCCGAGUAGGCCAAGGCAUGUACCACACAAACAUUCCAGCCGCCUCCAUUUCCGGUGUUCUGUGGGGCCUCUCAGAACGGGUGACGGGUCUGGGUAACGGGCCUGAUCCAGCACCACACCGCCAGCUAAGCCGCCCACGGUGUCACCCGCGCACAGCGGCCAACUGGGACCUCCUGUGGACCGAUCAGGCGGCGCGUGUGCGCUUUGCGUGUGUGGCGGAGAGCACGAUGUCGACACGCCCACCGAGACCGCAGCGGGCCGAAAAUUUCCUCGGACAGGGCCGCCAGUCACGCCCGUGCUGGCGGCGGCCGAGUUUCCUGCCCGGUCGCCACCGGUCCGCGCCCGCGCUGGAAAUUCCGCCAGGGUCGUGUGACGUCGCCUUCGCCGAAGCGAGUCGGUGCCGAAUGCCAUGCUCAGGCCGGCGGCCAGCUAUCGCUGACGUCAGCGGCGUCGAGGGCCGGGCAGGUUGUGCAACGCGCGCGCGCCCGGCCGAUUUUUGAAUGAUGUAACUUAAUGGUCGCCGCCGGAGCCACGGUCGCCGAGGCACAAAGCCAGAGCCGGCCGGUUCCCGGAAGGAUGGCAGGGAAGAGGCAGCACGGAGGGGGUCGGGCAGAGGGCAGCAACGUGAAUUGGUGAAAUACCACAAUACGAUACCCCACACGCAUGCAAAUUGACAUGCAUGCAUGCACCUUUACAACCGUGUCACCGGAUAUUGCAUUUAUGUUGACUGACUCAUUGGGUAACGUUGCUGUUCGGCCCUCGGGAUGCAUGGCACAGCCCCAGAA